GGUUUUUGUUUACAAUAUGGCGGAAGCAGUGGAUUUCUUUAACAAAACAAGUGAACCACCUGGAUUUCAAGUAAAAUGUGAUAAAAUUAAUGAGUUUUGUCGUGACCAUAGGACUUGCAGAGAUAUACCAAUAGUCCUUGUAACAUCUGGCGGAACAACUGUCCCACUAGAAGGCAACACUGUCAGAUUCAUAGACAACUUCAGCAUUGGCACUCGGGGAUCUGCAUCCGCAGAAUAUUUCCUGGACCAAGGUUAUGCUGUGAUAUUCCUGCACCGAGCUCGGUCAUUGCAGCCUUUUGCCCGACAUCUUCCUCAAACUCAUCUCUUAGACAUUCUACAGAUUCAGCCAGAUGGAUGUCUCCAAGUUCGAGAAGAAGAAAGCCAAAAGAUUGCCAAAGUUGUAGAGAGAUACCAUUCUGUCAUGAGGGAAGGGAGACUACUCCUGGUGGAUUUCACAUCACUUGGGGAUUACCUCCACUUACUGAGGGCCACAUCACGAAUUCUUAAUCCCCUUGGAAAAAGGGCUAUUCUGUAUCUGGCAGCUGCUGUGUCUGACUUUUAUAUUCCUGUUGAUAAGAUGCCUGAGCACAAGAUUCAAUCAAGCAAUGGUCCUCUACAACUGUCACUGGAGCUUGUACCAAAAAUGUUGGAGGCCCUUGUAAAACACUGGCUUCAGGAGGCAUACAUUGUCUCCUUCAAGCUUGAAACAAACCCAGACCUUCUUAUUGGAAAAGCCAGACAGGCCCUCAACAAAUAUGGCCAUCAGCUCGUCAUUGGCAACAUACUUACCACGCGUAAACACUCUGUGGUUAUGGUUACACAGAAUGGGGAGGAGAGUAUACAACUAAAUUCAGGGGAGAUCACUGCUGGAGUUGAGAUCGAGACCAAGAUUGUGGAGAACAUUGUCACUCGAUAUAAUAAGUUUUGUGAGGAACAAAGUCAUUGAUGGAUUUUUUAUUUUAAAUAUGAAUUUAUUUUUAUUCUUAAUUUUACAUGGGUAGUCAAAAACAAGUGUAUCAAAUGUUCAUGAUCAUCAUUGAUGUGUGAUAUAUAAAUCAAACAUCAUGGCUGUACAUACUGGUUUUAUAUAUUUUUCGUUUCAUAUCGUUUUUGACAAUUGUUGUGUUAGGGACAUAUAGCUUAUCUGUUGUUGUUGUUUUGCGCAAAAAGGUCGACUUAUUGUGAAAAAGAUACACACACGGAAGCCAAAAUGUUGUGUGGUCUUGUUUCAUGACAUAAUAGCCCCAAGAUUGUGCCUAUAGACAGGGAUUAUUUUUGAAUCGUUGACUACUGGGCUUGUCCCUGAAGUUUUCAUCGUAUUAUUAUCAUUAUCUGAAAAUUGAACAAACAAUCAUCUAGAGACACACAAGAUGACAGACACAGUUUACGUAGGUAUGUGAAUUGUUAUACCUUAUUUCCUUGUACAAUUUGCAUUGUAUAGGAGCGUAAUAAGGCACCAACCAAAUAGACUGCAUGAUAUCCACAUUUUUGAAAAAUUAUGAGAAGCAAAGAAUGGUUUAGUAUUUGGAAAUAAUAGCCAGCCGAAGUUAUUGGCCCGCUACUAGUCAAAAUUGGCCACUAAACUAAGAAGCUACUAGUCUCCGUUACCCUUGAUAUGCGCAUAAUACACGGCCAGGUGCAUGUAGUCACUCCAAAUGGAAAUUUGGCAUAGCUUUACCUAAAUUUUGCAACAAUGUUUGCUGAUAUUAUCUGAUAUUGGCUCUGUUUGUCCGAAGCGACCAAUUGUAUCUAAAAAAAAUGAUUUGUAAUAGUAUUUACUAUUGGGAAAUAAACAGUGCAGUUGACCGGCAAAUACUGUUUAA